AUGUAGAGCCCACAGUAGGUCUACAAACUCGUCGGCACAAUGACGUCUCCCUUUGGCGGUGUAACCUGUUUCUGGCUUUCGCUCAUCUGGCUCCAGCUGGGACUCGUCAAUGCCGGACUGGAGUUCCUCAGGGUUUUCGUACCCCUAAACCUCGUAAGACUGCGCCAAAUCGAAGACGAGGAACGCGAAUUUGAGGGCGAGUGCACUCUGGGAGCCAUCAGUAUUCGAAUGUUUGCCUUCUAAGGGCUGUUAAACUUUCUACCUACAACUACGAUUUAAGGUCAUUGUGAUUAUUACAAAUUAUUUUAAGUUGAAAAUUGCAAAAUUAACAGUUGGUUAUAAAUAACCAAAUAUAUAAAUAACC